AUGUCACCGCCCUCUCCUUGUCUCGGAACAAUCGCCUCCUUGCAAGUGCAUCUUAUGACAAAACAGCGUGUCUAUGGAAUCUUGACACCAACCUCCCAGUUGGACCACCCCUCCAGCAUGAAAACGUUUUGUGUUACUUCCGAGGACACAACCGUGUACACUUGGGACGUUCACGCCAUCCUCAAAGAAGCUGGCCUUGAGGACCUACUUUCCAUUGGUUCCAAUAUUGUCACGGCACCAGAGGAGAGACGGGAACAGGAACAGACGGCACCUCAAGAUGACGAUUCAGUAAUACAGCAUACACCUCGCUCUUCGCUCAGUGACAGGUCAUUUUUGGAAAUUGAUGCUACGCGGUGUCCUGGCCAAUUUGAUGAUAUAGGUGAACUUCCGCCAAUGUUUUUUCACGGCAUGGAAGCCCCUCAGUCCUCCCCAAUGGAUGGUGCACACCCACAUUCCUCUGCAAAUGCAUUCCUCGCUCGCCUUUUCUCACUCCUCCGCCGCUUUCGACCCGUCAAUGAUGAAACGAGUGAACUUCCGCAACCUUCACGACCUUUGGCGGUCCAUCUACGCGCACUCCUCGCUCGCCUGUCCUUACUCAUUCACCACUUUUCACCUGAAAAUGAUGCGCCAAAUGACCUUCAGCGACCCUCCACGUCUUCUCGGUUAGAUCCACAUGUGCUUUUGGCUCGCCUUUCCUCACUUUUCCCUCGAUCUCGACUCAAUACUGAUGAAGAAGCCGAACAUCGUCCAACAAUGCCUUCGAGUUCAUCUCCAGAUGGAAGGCUCAUCAGCUGGCUGUCCUCACUCUUCCACUCUCAACCUCACCAACGAAGCCGAACAUCAUCCCACAGUGACUCCAAGUUCACCUCCAGAUGGAAGGCUUGUCAACCGGCUUUUCUCACUCUUCCGCUCUUGACCCCACACCAACGAAGAAGCCGAACAUCGUCCCACAAUGACUUCGAGUUUACGUUCAGAUGCGAGGCUCGUCAGCCGGCUGUCUUCACUCUUCCGCUCUCAACCCCACACCAAUGA